CAGACUCGGGAAAGAUUCUGAGCCACAGGUCAAAUCAUCAUCGGGUAUGUUCUCUUCCCUGUGGAGUGGAUUUUCCAGGAUAAAAAACUAUCUGUCUCCCAGAAGCAACCCCACUCAACAUCACACUAAGAAUGCCCAGUCGGGUGCUCUAGAGGAUGUGGUGUCUACAUGCACGAGCCAAGAAUCUAGUCAAACUACAGCAGCAUCAGCUGUACCCAAGUCAGACGAAAUCAAGUCAGGUGAAACCAGGUCAUGUGAUGAAUCUUUAACAGCCAAUCUACCUAAAGACUCGGUUACAGCAAAUCAGCAAGCAAAUAACAGUGGGG